AUGGAAAUGUUUUUAGGUGAUCGUAUCAGUACAGCACCCGUACAGCAUCCAGACGAGGACAGCGAGGGUGAAGUGAUAAGAGUGACUGGAUCCAGACAGGUAACUCGACAACGAUCGAAGAUACAGCAUUCUGGACAGAACACAAGCUCCAGCCUUUCGGAUGAUGUUAGGAAACAAAUGAAAGAAAUCAAGACACGAAACAAUGAAGAAAACAGAUCGAAAAGACCACCCAAGAACGGAGAUAGCCACCCAAGUAAAACAUCUUCACCAUAUCUCCCAGGAAAAAACACUAUUAAAGGAGGAAAUGGAGGAGGUCAACAAUCAACUAAGGCCGUCAAUGAUUCUCGUCAACCACUAAGAGAACCACCCAGAGCAAAAGUAACAUCAUCUUUCAAUCCAGCAAAACCUUUAUUGAGGGAUAAAAUCAAUCUUGGUGGACCUCAACGGUUUCCUACUCAUUUGGGUCGAGCACAAAGACAAUCAGAAACCAUCGAUCUUACUUUAAAUCCCUCUGCUGGUCCUUCUAGACUUACUUUUCGUUCAUCAAACCACGAGCAGGAACCUGAUGCUCUCGAUAGUGAACCCGAUGAACCUGUCAGAACUUUACGCAUCGUCCCUUCAAGCAGUAGAAGUAGAUCACCUGAAAAACAACCUUCCUCCGCUCAGAAAUAUACAAAUCAUUGUACAUCGAGUGACGACGAUACAAGCGGUCAUCCUCCGAGAUUGUCCCUGUACACGCUGUCGAAAGAUAAGGGUAAAGGUAAAUUGAGGGAGGAUGUACCGUACGGUUCAAGUCCCACGAAGCAGAAUGGAUCACUAUCACUCCUAAUGGAUGAUCACCCAGAGGAGGUGCAAGAUUCUGAUGGAAUUUUCCAAAGCGACUUGAAACCUAGAGGUCCUGACAUAGAUGAAGAGAUUGAGUAUAUCAGCCCUCCAUCGAAGCACGUUCUCAAGCAAACGCUUCAGCAGAGACAGAGUAGUGUGAUCAAUAGCCACAUGGGACGACAGGAGAGCACUUCACCUAUCAAGAACAAGUCGAGACUCCAGGGGAUGAAGGACAAGAAUGGGAAUCUGAGAUCUGAGGCAAAACCACCCAAGCUAAAAUCUGCUGCAAUCAAGAAGCAAGUAGACGGUACCAUUCCUUCCUCAAUGCCUGGUGCAUUCGCGAUGAAAACAGCAGAUGUCGAGAAAGCAUGGUUCGCACCCGACCAGGAGUUCAAGUGCCACUCUCUAGCGCUAACAAUGCAUUCUUUAAGAAUCGUGGCCAAUAUAGGACAGGAGGGCAAUUUCUGGGAUGUACCACUGAAAUCGAUGAAACGUGUCUCAAUUGGCAACCAUCAAGCACGCCCAUUUCUCCAAGUAGACUUGCAAAUCAACAGUCAAUAUGAAAAAGCAAGCCUUGUCGCGUAUUUAAACAAAUCUGGUCCGCGUAUAAAUUUACAUAAUCUCGACGUGCUCGAACCCCUCAUGCUAUCCUUAUGUUCUCAAAAGGCACCUGUCCCGAUUCUAACUGCGCUUAAAGAUCGCAUCUCCCAGUUUAAAUGCGAAGUGGAACUUUUAGACCAAUCCGCCAGCAACACCCUACAAGACUCAUGUAAUAGUCAGAUCCGGGAUACACGCACCCGGUCUAGGAAUCAGAUGAUGGAGAGAUCGCGGAAGGUGUCCGAUGCAGCAGAAACAGGCGAAGAAGCCGCCGUUUCUACAAGUCGCCAGAAAGCUCCUAGAAAAUCCGCGCCUCAGGAUGACGAACCCUUACGAACGAGAUCAAACACUAAGGACAAAAUGCUGGAUGAUCCCAGCCAAUCCAAGUUGAAUUUUCCUCCGAGGGCUGCCGCGUCUCGUCGGAGUACACGAAAUUCUGCUGUCUCUGGUAAUGAUGUCCCGGAUUUAGAGGGUUCGGAUUCAGAACAGUUCGUUCCACCAACCAAACCGAAACCUGUCCAAAAUUUCCGUGGGGAGAAAAGUGAACUACUAUUCCCUUUCCCACUGGAAGGGCGGGCAGGUGUGAAUGUCACCAUAGGUGAUGCACAACGAAUCGAGACUGGCGAAUUCCUCAAUGAUACUCUCCUAGAAUUUGGACUGAGACAUGCGCUCCACAAUCUUCAAGAAGAGAGGCAAAAAGAAGUACACCUCUUCAAUUCUUUCUUUUACGAGAGGCUGUCGGAUAGGACUAAGAAACCGAAGACUGGGGAAGAAAUGUGGCCAGGUUACGAGUCGGUCAAGAAAUGGAGUAAAGGGAAAGACAUAUUCGACAAGAAAUUUGUCGUGGUGCCAAUAAAUGAGCAUUUUCAUUGGUACCUAGCUGUGAUCGUAAAUCCCAAAGGUAUCCUUCGACCCAAAUCGCAAAAGGACGAGGAAGUAGCUCAAGGGCACGGUCUGACGACUAGAGCCGUGCCAGGAGAUACCGUCACCGAGAAUGUAUCCAGAUCUACGUCUGUUGACGUCAACACGGAACUACAAGUGGCCGAACCACUCACUACUUCUGGUAGACUUGAUUCGGAUCUCGACGACCUCGACAGUCAACACAGUGAUCCGGCGUCUCGACACCCGUCGCCCAACUUGUUUGGCUCGCACGACGAUCGUCUUAGCAACGUUGACCCUGACACAACCACCGACGAUCUAGAUUGUAUCGGCGAUGACAGUACAGACAUCAUAGAGGUAGACCGAGAUCUUAGAGGUGUAUCUAAAGGUGUGAGCGGACUGGACCUCAACGGUGAGAAGUCACACGAAAAAGAUCUUGUUGGAACAGGAGGUUUCAUCUCUACCCCGACCUUGCAAGCUAUCCAGCAACAAAAUGAACAAAUAACAAACCUUGCUCAAAAAGGGAUCGCUGAUUCUCCAGCCAAGAAGAGACCACCACUCAAACCCGAUGCCAAGAUCAUCGACAGUGAAGAUACGUGGAUACUCACAUUUGAUUCUCUCGGUGGUCCGCAUCGAGCAGUCAGUAACACUCUCAACGCAUGGCUCAAAUACGAGGCAAAGGAUAAGAAAGGUAUCGAUUAUGACCCUACGGACGCGGUCUAUUGGGAAGGAAGGUGUCUUACACAGGACAACUUCUACGAUUGUGGGCUGUAUGUAGUUCAUUAUGCUAAGCAAUUUCUCGAACGUCCUAAUGCGGUUCUCGAGGUCGUACAGCGUCGACCGCCUGUUAUGUCAUCGGAUGAUCGUGAACCAUGGGAGGAAGAUUUGAAGAAAGUCUGGCGAGAGGUAGAUACCAAAAAUUUACGAAAAGAAUGGACCGGUACGAUGUUGAGUCUCGCCGGACAAUACGAGGAUAAUCAACCUCCUAAAUCUGCCCAACAAGACGAGCAAGAGACGAAAAAGGAUGAAGAAUCACUGGAUGCUAUAGAAGUUGAUCCAUCACAAGUUGAAUCGAUAGCAAUCAUAGGACCCUCCCAAAUCCUCUCUGCGUUCGCUGAGCAUCCUGAAAAUAGCAUUCCAGGUGCUUUCCCAAGGCCUACACCAAAGCAUCCUUCGCCUUCACCUUCACCUUCACCUUCCCCGCCACUUAGCGCAUCACCUAAGUCUCCUCUUUCAGCUUCACCGUCAAUACCGGAACGUCCUGAGAAUAAGUCAGAGUCACCUAUAACAGAUAGAGGUAGACGGCUGUCUAUGGAUAUCGACCCUGUACUAAGUGCUCCUACCACACAUGGUUAUCAAUCAGUUUCGCCAGAAAAAGUUGCUCAAUCAUCACCCGACAAUCGUUUGACUGGGUCACUCCAACACCCUGAACCCCCUUCUAUCCAAUCGAUGCAACACGGAACAGUUCGGCGAACGAUUUCCCAGCUGGACCCUCUGCACGUGUUCAAAGAGGUGAAAGCUGGUCCAUCACGUCGUGCCUUAUCUCCUCAAAAGUCUUCUAGAGGGAUUGAACAUGCAGGAGGGAACGAAGAUGAAGAAGCUCGUUUGCAAGAUGUGGAAAGUUUGCGACCCCCUGGACGACAAGUCUUGGGCGAGAUCUCGGUUUCUUCAGUGUCUAGUCUUGGACCCGUCAUAAACGAUACGAGUCCAAUUGAAGAAAUUCAUCUGACACGACCAUCAUCAGAUACCCAGAAUCGUGACGCCCACAACAGUAGUCCUUUUUCGAAUUUCGGGAAACUUGCACCUAGCGUGGCUAACAAAAUCCAUGUUUCACCCGGUGGACUCGCAUUGGACGUAAAAAGGUCGCCUAGUCGGAGGCGUUCAGACUCAUUACCGAUUUCAGAUGAAGAAGAAGAAGAACUGGUGGAAGAUUUGCCGCCUAAAGCUAAGUUUAGUCCAAUACAUACCUAUACAAAAGGUAAAGGUAAACGCGCAAACGGAAACAAAGUUGAACCAACAAUGCCAAGUAAGAAGACCAAAGUUGGCAAGUCUUUGACCGCCAAUGCCACUGCUACUGGAACACUCGAAAGAAAUAUCAAAAUUGCUCAAGGCAAAGAAGGAAGCAGCUCAAAUGAACCCAUUUCGAUCGAUUCGGAUUAA